AUGGGAGGCUACAUCAACUCGAGCCAAAGUAGUGGUACUAUCAGAUCCCUCAGUGUACACCACACCUACACACGAACAAAUUCUCUUGUUUAUCAGGGUCAUUCUUCGGCGGCAUGCAUUGACAUGUUCAACCCGGACCACCCGAGCCUCUGCGGCGGCGGCGGCCCACCCGCUCCGCCGAUAAGCCCUCGCAUCUCUUUCUCUUGUGACUUUGUGGUGGAGAGGCCAACCGCGCGCGUUCCCGGUCCCCCGCCUGACCCCAACUUCGAGUUCGCUGUCGGCAGCCACCCGAUGAUCGCGGCCGACCAGCUCUUCUUCGAGGGCAGGCUUCUUCCUUUCAAGGACAACUGCCCUUCUGGUUCCCGCAGGAGCGUCACCACGCUCCGUGACGAGCUCCGCGCCGCCGGCGAGGGCGGCGGGCAGCAGCGGGAGCGGCCGUCGAAGGGCCCCAUCAAGUGGAAGGAGCUUCUCGGGCUCAAGAAGCCACGUGGCUCCGCGGCGAAGAAGAUCGAUAAAAGCGAGGGUCCUUCUGGAGCUGCGGAUGACCAUCUCGGAAAGUCUAUGCAGGUCGGUGGCAAUAUUUUCUGAACGAGGAACCACAUUGCUUCGCUCUGUUUAUGUACCUUCUUCUAUAUCCUACGCUAUGCUUCCUCUCCUGAGACUUUUAGGCUAUCUUCCUGUCAUCUCGUCCUUGUUAGGGUUUUGCUGCAUGUAGACGCAAAAGACACUGUUGGCAGUAGCAGCUAACUAGUCAAUACCCUCGCAAAGAUCACAAACACUGAUGGGACUUGGUCAUCUCUCUUUUGUUUCUUUUAGGGGCUAUGAAAACUAGAGGAAAACCUGAUCUUAAUGCUGCAACGGCAACAGUCCACUUAAGCCAGUGGGAGAAGUAGCAAUGCUUUCUCUCCAUCUUCGUGCUGAUUCUUUGUUGUUCCUUAGGGUGGAGUUGGAUAGACACUCCUAGCAGAAGCCGGUUGGAAAGGCUAUGGUGGUGGUGUUUGUGAGAAGGAAGUCUGUUGAUGGUAUUAACUCGCUCAUUAAUCUGUAUAUUGUGGAAGGAAACAUAUGCAUUGUUUUAGAGCCAGGGAUGUAUGUAUCAGAUGAGCUGUCUCUUCUCUUCUUCUGUAUAAAUGUCUGUGGCUAGCAAA